UUCUGAAAACAAGUCCAAGAGGCCACAUUCGAGCAAAUCGACGUUAUUUUAUCGAGUAUUGUGGCCGACGGUCGAUAUAUCUGUACAAAUUUUCACGAUAUUCUUUAUUACGUCUAGCUUGACAGCUACAGACACGAACAAGAUCGUUCAAGAUGUCUACACCAAUAGCAAAACCACAACUUCGUGGUCUCCUCACGUCACAGAUCAAAAAGAAUCUUGUAGUAAUGAUGGUAGUUAGCAUCAGUGCAGGGGUGGCGUAUAAGAUUUUUGUUGUCGAUAAGAGAAAACGGAAAUAUGCUGAAUUUUACAAAACCUACGAUGCAGAGAAACAGCUAAAGAUAAUGAAUGAGGCUGGUCUCAUGCAGUCUUAUAAUAUUGAACAGAAGUAAAUUUAUGUGUACAAAUGAUAGAAGAAAAGCUUGAGAGAGAGCGAAAACAAGAUAGUCUUUUUCGGAAUUACACAUUAUAUCUAUAUGUAUAAUAAAUAAAUUCUACA